AUGACGAGCUCCAGCUGGGAGCCCCAGCUGGACUCCCUGUUACCAUCAGGCCCUUCCACCAGCUCCACAGGGGCCCAAGCCAUGGCUGAGCCCACAGAGCAGGGCCCCAAGAACCCACGUGUGUCUGGUGUGACGGUUCAGCUAGAGAUGAAGGCUCCGUGGGAGGAAUCCAACCAGCUGGGCACAGAGAUGAUUGUCACCAAGGCGGGCAGCUAUGAGCAGUGGCGGGGGGGGCAGGGCGGUGGCGGGAGUGGGGGGCAGGCCGGAACCACAGUCGAACUGCUGAGCACCCCCUCCUGCAGGAGGAUGUUCCCCACCUUCCAGGUGAAGAUCCUGGGCAUGGACAUGCUGGCUGACUACGCCCUGCUCAUGGACUUCAUGCCUUUGGAUGACAAGAGAUACAGGUAUGCCUUCCAUAGCUCGGCCUGGCUGGUGGCGGGCAAGGCGGACCUGACCACGCCUGGCCGCGUGCACUUCCACCCCGACUCGCCGGCCAAGGGCGCACAGUGCAUGCGCCAGAUUGUGUCCUUCAACAAGCUCGUGUUGACCAACAACCUGCUGGGCGACAACGGCCACGUGAGACAAAGAUCCCUGCCCUCACGGGGGCUCACCUCCUGGGGUGCCAGGCAGAUGAUCAUUCUCAGCCCCGUGCACCGCUACCAGCCGCGCUUCCACGUGGUCUUCGUGGACCCACGCAAAGACAGUGAGCGCUACACGCAGGAGAACUUCAAGUCCUUCAUCUUCACGGAGACCCAGUUCACGGCUGUGACGGCAUAUCAGAACCACCGGAGCACCCAGCUGAAACUCACCAGCAACCCUUUUGCCAAGGGCUUUAGGGAGAGUGACCCGGACUCCUGGCCUAUAUCUCCACGGCCCCUGCUCAGCGUCCGGACCCGGAGUCGCAGCAGCCUCCGCCCCUGCCUGCCAAAGGGCUCCACAGAGCAGGAGAAAGACCCCAACAAAGCUCCAGCCUUCACCUCCAGGACCCCUGCCAGGCUCCACCAUCAGCUGCUGGCUCCCAAGGCUCUGCUGGCCUCAGCCACCUACCGGCCCCUCACCUACCAGGGCCUGUACCCUGGAGCCUCAAGCCCCCUCCGAAUCCCAAGGGCCCGACCGACACCAUACCCCCUACCCAAUAUCCAGGCUGACAGGGACUCCCUAAACGCCGACCCCGAACAUCCUGGAGCACUUCCUCUGAGGUCCCGGACCGCCGCGGGCGCGGAGAAACGCGGGUCCCGGCGGGGCCUUAACAGCCAGACACCCCGACUCGCGAACCCCGCGGUCAGCGCGGCCGUGCCCGGUCGCCGGGCCAGGCGCGACGCCACCUGCUCUAGGCGUUCGUAA